GCGUCACAACACGCACGCACAGUUUCGAGGGUGAGACGCACGGUAUGAUAUUUUGAGCGCAAUACAGGCAGACAUAAACAGGGAGAACGACAUAUUUACUCGCAGGCAUGAGGAGCGGCGCGGGUUUGAGAUGGUGAGAGGGCGUGAGGUAAAAGCCUUCGACGUGGGAUUUGAAACGCGCGCGCCUAUUAAGGACCAAGACUCCCCCCGUGCUCAGGCAUCUGCACACCUUUUGCUCGUGUUGCGAUUCACCCGCCAUUCGGCGCUGUUCGACGUGCACGUUUCUCCGGCCUGGUCGAGGCAGAGCGGCGUCGGCGACAGUAACUCGACGUCCCGUGACUCAGAGGAUGUUGAAAGAUCAAACAUGAGUCUGAGGUAAAGGAGUCUUCCGAUGACUCCAGCACUCCAAUGGCCGUCCCAGACAAGCAGGCCAUAAUGGUGAUUCACCAGGAAGGCAUGACCACAUCUGGACUGGCACCUAAAGCUUCUUCCCCUCGCUCACUUUUUGUUGUCCUCAAACCGCUACAUGCUGGAGGCGGAGGGCAGGACGAAGGAGCUCUCCUGGCUAAUAACAACGGCACGUCUUUGGGGACACCAACUGUUGGCUUCCAGAGGUUAUCAUCCAUAUCCUUGUCAGCUAUGGCAGACACCAACAACAGUAAUCAGCUAUGGAACUUGCCUGCAGAGAUUACAUGUAAAGGCGUUACUGUCACUUUGGACAACAAUAAUAUGUGGAAUGAAUUUUACAGAUGCAAAACUGAAAUGAUACUCACUAAGCAAGGUCGUAGGAUGUUCCCUUGUUGCCGUUUCCGCAUCUCUGGGUUGGAGCCUUUUCAGAACUACACAUUAGUAAUGGAUAUGCAUCCAGUCGACAACCACCGUUACAAGUGGAGUGACAGACGAUGGGAAACAAAUGGAAAAGGAGAUCCACAUAUUGCACGCUCUUUUGUACACCCUGAGUCACCUGCAACUGGCCUUGAUUGGAUGCAAAAUCCUGUUUCUUUCUAUAAACUGAAGCUCACCAACAACCCUUUGGACCAAGAGAACCAUAUUGUAAUAAACUCUAUGCACCGGUACCUUCCUCGUCUUCACAUUAUACCUGCAGAUAAAACAACGGAUGGCAUUCAGUUGGAUGGGCCAGAUAUUAUAACUUUUAGUUUUCCUCAGACAGAGUUCUUUGCUGUCACCGCUUACCAGAAUCUGUCCAUCACCCAACUAAAAAUCGAUUACAAUCCUUUUGCGAAAGGUUUCAGAGAAGAUUCUAACAACUCCCGAUCCAGCAAGCCGAAAAUUGGACUUCCCACAGAAACAGUGGAGAGUGAGGUGAAACCCAGUCGAGAGACUACAACCCUGAACAAUCUCAAGACCUUGUUUGCCAAGAGGAAUGCUGCUGAAAAAGCCCUCAAAGUACAACCUCUGCCUGUCCCUGCUGAGGACCUUAAAGCUGUUAGUGCUGAUCCUCCCACAAUGCCUGAACCUAAGAGUGCUAGUAAGAAGCGUCCUUUGGCAGAGGGACUGUCCGAGUUGAUUAAGGGAGCUCAUGUGAAGGUCAAAAGGAUAUCUCUUGAGAAAAUCCAUGAUGGCAGUGACCAGCAGACAAACACUAUUGUUCUGCCUGGAGCAGAGAAGAAGAAGGAUUCUGCUGCUGAUUGUGGUGAAAAAGAAAACCUUCCAAUCACAACUGCUGACAAAGUAAUGGAGGACAAGAAGAAGCUGAAAAAUGACUGUGGAAUCCCUGAUGUGAAAAGUGUCACUGUAGCGGAAGGGCAGAUGAAUAUCAACGCGGUGUCCAGUUUAAAAGUUGCAGACUUGGCCACAAUGAAAAGUACAGCAGAGUUGUCCUGUUCAAAAUCAACCGCACAAAUGAACGCUUCUGUAAAAAAAUCAGAUGCACCUAUAAAUGACAAGGUGGACACAGGGCUAAGUGAAACUGUGGAAAAAACAGAAUGUAAAGAGACUUUGCAGACUAGUGGGAAACCUCUUGAUGGUGGAGGUGAAGUAAAGAAGAAGCGUGCUGAGCCUGUGCCUUUACCUCUUCUUGCACUUUUUCUACAGCAGUUGAAGUCAAAAACAAGACCUGUCAGAUCGAAAUCAAAAUGUGAAACUUCUGCUUCAGAAUCUGAACAAUUGCGUAAAAUCCCUUCCGAUGCUGAAAUCACUUCAUCUCCUGCGGCAUCCUUAACCACCACACAAUCAAAUACACAACCUGCAGCCCCCACGACUUCUGAAACUUCAUCCAUCUUAACGUGUCCUGUAGCUAACUCCGGAGUGUCUGCAUGCUCAUCUUUAUCGCCAACUACAGCCUUCUUUACCUCACUGACUACAUCCCCCACAAUACCAGACAUGCCUACAUCUUUAAGCCCUGCUUCUUUAGUUGUCACAGACCCAGAACAAGACCAAGGUCCUGACUCUGAUCUGGAGCAUAAAGAAAGCCCAACGCUAAGUUCUGAAAGUAAUAUUGCUACUGUCCCCACAUCAAAUAUUACCUCUGAUACUGUGCUUGAUUAUAAGCAAGAGGAUGCAUCUGUAAUUUUGUCUUCCUUGUCUGAUAAUACUGUACCCGAACGCACUCUUUCAAGCACUACUCUUGACACAGAUGCUGUCUCAUCUGAUGUUCCCUGUCCACUUUCUCCAGCCUGUUCUCCUCCUGAAAUUAUUCCUGUUUCUCUAUUCCAUAGUCUACAGAAUGAUGAUGUUUGUAAUAAUGUCAGUACCUCUGUGUCCACUGCUGAGCAUACCUUGGACUCCUGUACUCUCCCAUCUGCUGAAUUUGUUCCUGAGGCUCCUAAUCAGUCCCCUAUGUCAGAAGACAAUGAUGUUGAUCUUGCAUUCUCACCAUCUUCUCCAACAUUUUCUAUCCCAAGCCCAGCUCCUUCCUCACCUGACCCAUUUCCACCUGGUCUGUUUAUUGAUAGGCCAAUACCUCCUCGAAAAUCACUCGAUCCAUUUCCACCAUGUCUUAAUAGACCAAGACCACAUGUGGACAUAAUGAAUGCAGUACCAUCAAGCUUUUCUGUUGCCAAACCAGGAUGUCCUGGAGACUUAGAUUUACGCUUUACAACCGGUGUUACUACUGAGCUGCCUUCCCCUAUGCCUUGUUCUGAACCAUGGGUUUCAAAGGAUGCCAAACAGCCUCAACAGCCUGUUCAUGAAAGUGUGAGCAAGAAGCCCAAGGUGAAAAAUAGGAAAGGUGGAAAAUUAAAGCUGAGUGAUGAUGCGGUGACCGGAGGGACCAUACCUGUCCCCAUGCAGCCAAGUCUUGAGGACGUGGAAGGCCAGUUAUUUGUUUCUUUCGUGUCAAAGAAAGCUCUUGAAAUUCACCUUGGGGAUGAAGCUAAAGAAGACGCUACAGAGAAAACAGCAGAACAUGUGGAUGUGAAUGAAAAUAAUGAAAAACAUCAAAGUAUUGAAGAACGAAUUGAUGAACUUGAAAAGAUUCUUCUACGUGACUUAAAAGAGGUGAAGCAUCGUCAAGUCAUCCACCCCGUACUGCAAGCAGUUGGCCUGAAAUUGAACCUGUUGGAUCUUGCUCUGGCCAUUGAUCUGCAGUAUCUAGGUGUGUUGCCUAUUCCUCCCCCUGUUGUCGUACCUGGGGAAAGCUCAGGGAGUUUGGCCUCAUCACAGCUUCCAUUUGUUUCUAGAACAGGAAAAACAACUGACUUCACUAAAAUCAAAGGCUGGAGAGACAAGUUUUCAACAUCAAGUUCUUCAUCCGUUCCUGGAGGUACCAGCUCAGAGACGGGGCAGAAAAAUCUUUCUGCCUUCUGCAGUGACAUGCUCGACGAGUAUCUGGAAAGUGAAGGCAAGCUUAUUGAUGAACGCGUUGCCAGCCUCUCCCAAGCUGUUGUUCCACCAGUGGCCUAUGAACUUCCCACCAAAAGCACAAGCUAUGUUCGUACUCUGGACAGUGUGUUAAAAAAACAGGCAACUCCAUCCACAGCCACCACCGUCAAGCCUUUUGUACCAUCUAGAAAAUCGCCACUGACUGCUAAAGGCAAAGAGCUUGGCAAGUCAGGGGAAGCUGCUUCAAAACAAUCCUUUAGAUCCAGUGCAGCAAAAACAGCCUCCAGCCCUUCUUUUUCCAAAAGGUUUACCAAGCCUGGUACUUCAACACCUGUAUCCCCGGAUAAAUCACCUCUGUUUAGUCUAUCUCCAAGCAAAAAAUCUAGAAUUACUAAAAUUAAGACCAGGAAAGGAUCCAAAACUUCACCUCCAUCUGCCCGACUUGAGGGAAGAGCUGCAUUGAAUAGUGUAUCAGUGCCUGCCGAGGCCCAAGAUUCCACUUCUGGUAGCCCUGGUUCUGUAGCAGGGGGGCGUUUCCCCAAGUCUGUGGCUAAACUACUGGAUGUGGAAGAUGGUGCAGUCUGGGAGGGGAAACGGCGUACCUACAUCACUGAGGAACGGGCAGCCAUUGCGCUAUCAUCUCUCGUCACAACAGAGGGUAAAAUUAAAGGGAACUUGUCUACCAUCAUUAAGAGGCGUGCUCCCCCUUGCCUGAAUUCCUUUUGCAGGUUGGGGUGCGUUUGUGCUAGUCUGGCUCAGGAAAGGCGUCAGCACCACUGUGGCAAACCGCAGUGUAUGCUGGGCUGUGACUGCCUUCGGCGUAAAGUAGUCCUAUUAAGAAAACCAUAUAGGACUGAGAAUACAAAUGAAGGAGCUUUAUCUGUAUAUGAACCAGAUGAAAAGGAAGCUGAAAUGAUGAGAAAAAAGAAGAAGAAGAAAGCAUAUAUUAUGUCUGGUCCUGAAGAAGCCCCUGAGCCAGCCACACGUGUGAAAAGAUUAUGGGAUGAUGUGAAAAGUGACCCUGAUCUAGAGUGUCUCUUCACUCCAAUGCCUGCCAGGCCACACUGUCCUCCAGUCUUAUCCCCAGAGUUGCAGAAAGAUUUGGACAAAUUUCUCCGUUCUCCUCCUAGAAAAACGAAACACGAAGAAGCGCUGAGCCCGAUCAGAGGAAGAAAGAGGCGCUUAAUGACGUGUGCUCGCGUGAGACCAUUUUGCAGGAAAACUCCAGCCAUUGCAGAUCACCAGAGCACAAAACAGAGUGAUCCACAUCCUGUUGCAGAGGACUCAGUAGAGGAGAUGGAAGAAGGAGAACUUAGACCACCUGCUCUGUUUGGUCCUACGAAACGACUAGAAAUUGUGUCUCAGUGCAAAUGGUCAACAGAAGGCAGCAGGAAUGUUGUUCUUCGUGUGGUGUGUGAGCGUAUGGCUCAGGAUCGCUUAAAGGACCCGUUCUGGGUUGGAAAGUACCAAAUUAAGCCUAUCUCCACGACUGUCAAUGAGACAGAAGAAGGAUCCACAAUCACUUACAAAAUUUCCAUCUCUCAGCCCAGUCCUUUAAACAACACCCAGAAGAAGAAUGAGGAGAAUGAGAAGAUGAAGCGGCUGGAAGCACAACUUAUUCAGACCAUUGGGAAGAGUGAAGUGAAGGGGCUCCCUCUUCUUUCUCAUGUUACUCCGGCAGGUUUACUGAAAGCUGAGAAAAAGCCUCCUGGUGCUUCAGGGCAGAUAACGGUCAAUGGAAAACCAUAUCCUCAAGCCAAGCUAGAAUUGGGCCAGAUGGGAGCAUUGCACCCAGCCAACAGACUUGCUGCUUACAUUACAGGGAGGGUGUGCGUGGCAAACCAAAAUGCCUCCAAAGCUGUUACCCCAGCAACCAUUUUGACAACUUCUGCUACCUCCCCUACUACUACUAUUACUACUACUACCACCACCACCACUUCCACCAGUUCUUUAGACACAACAAGUUCUCUUUCAGGCACACCUUCUUCAGCUGUCAUAUCAGUCAAUCCAACAGUGACCAAGCCCUCAGUGGGAACGGUUUUCACCCAAGUUGUGAUCAACCAUGUGAACAAACAACAAAAACUGCACAACACUAGCGUGCCUCUGUCUUUGAGUACAGUUAAACAUAUUAUCAAACCCUCUUCUUCUUCAAUGACUGGGGUCACAGGGGUCCCAGUGUCUUCUAACAUGCCUCCAAAUGCAAGCGUUUCUUUUCAAGCACCUGCUGCAUCUGGUCUCACAGAUGGUGCUGCAUCAGGGAAGAAGACUGUUGUGAUCACUGCUGGACCUUCAAAUACAGUGACCCCUGGUGGUGGAGUCAGGUUGAUGCAGCCUGUAACGUCUAGUCAACCGUCGGCCCCAGGACAGAAGAUGGUAUUUCAAAUGUAUAAAACAGCAAAUGGGAGCACACUCUACCGCAACCCCAGUGGUCAGCUCAUCCAGCUGGUCCCUCUCAACCAGUUUAGGGCCCUCAAUCCAAAUGUUAUGCUAUCCAAGCAGACCACCAUUGUACGAUUUCCUUCUGCUACCGCGACGAAGCCUCAGAAUAACAGUUCUUCCACUGUCACGACAUCCACGCCCGCCACGUCUUCUACACCUCUAAAAGCUCAAAAUCCAACCCCAGUACACAGUACCUCAACAGUUGUACACAAUUCUACAACAGCCAAUAUGACUAAAAUCAUUACUGCUUCUUCUGUGGGCCAAAAAACAGCUACGUCUCUCUCUGGUGCCAAUUCAGACCAACACAGUACAGUGAGUAUAGUCCCAGGAAUCCUUGGCAACCCUGGCAUUGGCAUAAUUAAAGUUGUCCCGCAGGCUAUUAUCAAAGAUCCAAAAAAUCCCAAAAUUACAGUGACCACUUCAUCACCAUCGGCGCAAAGCACUUCAAAUGUUGGCCCUAAAAAUGGAGGCUUUAUUUUAUUAAGUUCCUUAGCCCAACAGAAUCAAGGCAGUCUGGAAAUAAAAGAUGUCAGCGGUGUCCACACUUCCCCUGCUCCAGCUGGAGGAUCACAACAGAAUAAUCAGUCCUUCAAUAGCUCAGAAAAGCCUGCUGAGAGUGUGGUUCUUGAAGACCACUGCUACACCUUUGAGGCAAAGAAGACUAGCAUCUUCUCUGACAAGCCUGCAAAUGUACCUAAAGAAGGUACAAAUUCUGCAGAAGCCUGCUUUCAAAGUAUGAUCCCUGAAGAUGUCCUGGAUUUUGCUCCUAUUGAGGAUGAUGAUGGAUCUGACUUGGAUGCAGUUUUAGACCCUGAGACGGUUGCUAAGUCUAAUGCUGAAUUAGACCUGGAAGACAGUGAUUCAGAGUUAACUGAAGACUCAGACAUGUAUGAUGACUCCAACUCCAAUAACACCAGUGACCAGGAGAAUCUCUUUAUUGACACGGAUUCUGAUGGGGGAGAGAAGAAGGAAAGAAGGAGCAAACGAAAAUCUGUGACCUCAUACAUGCAUGAUUUUAAUGAGAUGGAGGACAAUGAUCUGGUUGAUAUUGAAACCUAUGAGGAGAACUCUGAAACCAGUGAACAAAGAGCACAAAGGGAACGUAAGAUGUAUUUGCGUAGGAAGCAGAGGGUGGAACAGGAAAUGGAGAGACGUAGCUGUCUUAGAGAGUGCUUUCAAAAGUUGCACAUGUCUUUGAGUAAUGUUGACAGCAAAUCCAGCAGAAUGACACUACUUAAACUGGCCUGGAAAGAAAUCCAAACUCUUUCUAAAGAAGCAGAGGAGCUGGUAAAAGUGAAGAAAGAGCUAAAGAAGAAGAGGGCAUACUAUCUUAAAAUGGCAUCUCAGUUUUCUGGAAAGUCUAAGGAAUCCAUCUCUCAAAAGCUGAGCGAAAUUAUUGCUAAACAAAAAGCCCUGGAGAACCAAGAAAAGGCAAAGGCUACAACACAACCAGACCCAAAGCCCACACUGACUGAUGAACAGAAAAGGCUGGGGAUCAAGAACAAAAUGAAAGAUACAUUGCAUAGACAUGUUCAGCUUUCCCCCAACUCCAGGCCAAUGGACCUUAGGACCUCCAGACAAAAAAGGCUUGGGUCCCAAGACGUAGAACAUUUGGGAGCAAGGCAGAAUGUGUCUGUGGCCCAGAAGAAAGGGAAAAAGACCAUUUUCAGACCUAUUCAGCCAGCCAAAACUCUUAACCCCGACACAACUUCUCAACCCACACCACGUGAGAGAACGAGACCCAACAUCCUGUCCCGUAGCAAGUCUCAAUCCCUGCCCGUUUCUCCAUCUAAAAAUCAAGUGUUUGUGCCUCAAGUAAUGGUGGAAACAUUGCCAUGCAAUCAGAUCAUAACUAUAAGUAAUCCUCUUCAGCCCAUUGGCAUCACUUCUUUAGGCAAAAGGCAAUCAGCCACACCAGGGGUUGCAGCUGUGUCUAUAUCUGUUCCUGCUAUUUCUCACCCAAUAAAAGUGGAGAAUCCAAUUCCUGUUUUGCAGCCUCAGGACAUUGGUCUUUCCAACAGCCCUGUGAAAAUCAGCAGUCCAGGUAAAACUGAAAUCUUUCCCAAGAUUUCCAAUGUGGUUUCUUUGGUGCCACCAGAGAAGCUGGUUGUGACCCCAUCAGUUGUAAUAGAGAAGACAGUCCCACUUGUUGAGACACAUGCAGCCUUAAACCCUGUGUGUGUGGAAGCUCAGGAGAACACUCUCUUAGAAUCUACUAAAGGAGCCUCUGCUGUGGAGGAACAAGGUCUGGACAAACAGACGUUAGAGGUUUUGCCUAAGAGGCCUGAACAGGGUACUACGGUCAUCCAAACGGAUGCUUCAGCCAGACAGAAGGAAGAGAGGAAGGACGGUGCUAGCAGUGAGGCAGAAGUUGAAAAUCUGAUGUCUUUGCUUGACGAGCUGGAAUUCCUCAAUCAGCAGCUUAAUAGUGAACCCUCUCAGCCACAGACAGGAGAUUUAAGUAAUACAAAGGCCAGCAAUCUGCCAACUAAUGUGUUCAUUGAGAAGGAGGCAGGUGUAGACCGAGAUGAUGAACGUUCCCUCAGCCCCUUGUUCCUCAGAUUAGAUGAGGAUUUAAUGUCAUCAACCCCUUCAAAGGAUGAGCUGGAUGAUAUUCCUCCGAAGGUGGAUGACCUUGUCAAAGUUAUAUUUGGGUCAGACUCUCCUCCAAAUUCAUCAGAGUCUGAGGUCACUGCAGGGGUUAAUGAUGACAGCAGCCAUGGCCCAGCAUGCCGUGUUAAAAGCGACGCUCCAUCUCUACCCCCUUUGCUACAGAUGAAAGCAGGAGGAGGAACAACAACAGACACUUUGAAAGAGCAGGCUGGCGUGUCAUGGCGGCCCAUGCCCAAGCUUGCACCUUUGGGGCUAAAGCCUCAGGAGAGUACACAGCAUAAGACAGUUAGUGCUCAUGGCACCAAACCUGGCUCACAGCUGCCUAGUCUACGCAGUGCACAUAUGUAAUGCCUGGACAAUCAGGGAUAUUGGCUGUUUUCAUCUAUUUGGGUGCAUGUACAGGGUAUAAGAUAGAUACAUACGAUGUCUGUUAUUUAUUUGUUUCAGAGUACAUUUCUUCAUGCUCUGCAUCAGCAAGGCAUAAUUUGUUUAGCCUUUGGUAAAUCCAAAGAUAUUUUCAUCUGUUAUUUUCCAACAGAGCAGAGAGGAAUAUGUUUGUAUUCUGAGAUUUUGAGCAGUAGGAAAACCUGUUACUACUUCUAUGUUCUUCCUCUUAUUUUUGAAGAGGUGUCUGUAAAUAAUAAACGAAAUCUGAAACUAA